CCGGAAGUGAAAAUGCAUGGACGUCUCAAAGUUAAAACCACUGCUGAACAACAAGAGGCAAAAAGAAAAGAACGUGAAAAGAAAUUGAAGCUUUACAAUGGUGCAACUCAGAAAAUUUUUCAAAAGCGUGCGAAGCAGGAAUUUGAUGAUGAGCUUCUCAUGCUGACUGGACAAAUCCUGGCACAGAACUCAGAUUUCUACACUCUUUGGAACAUACGCAAAGAAAUCUUCACUCAUUUUAGGGGUACCAAAGAUUCAGAUGCGCUUAUUAAAUUGUUUGAUGAUGAACUGGACUUCCUUGAAACCUGUCUCCGUGGCAACCCAAAAUCAUACGGCACUUGGGAACAUCGCUGUUGGAUGCUCAUGAGACACCCCAAACAAGAUUGGAAGCAUGAAUUAUUUCUAUGCAAUAAAUUUUUAGAAUAUGAUGAAAGGAAUUUUCAUUGCUGGGACUACAGAAGAUUUGUCGUCAAGCAAUCCAGUGUACCAAAGAGUGAUGAAUUAGAUUAUACAACAAAUAAAAUUAGUUCUAACUUUUCAAAUUACUCAUCCUGGCACUACCGGAGUAAACUUUUACCCGAACUGCAUCCUGACCAACAACACCCUGUUGGUGUCAAGGAGGACAUACUUCUUAAUGAGUUUGAGCUUGCCCAGAAUGCCUUCUUCACAGACCCUAGUGACCAAAGUGCCUGGUUCUACCAUAGAUGGCUUUUGGGCAGAGGUGAGAUGCCUUUGGAAGUAUAUACUAUCUGUACGACCAGGAAAACAGGACGUCUAGUCGCUGGUUUGACUCGCCCAGUAGAGGUAGGACGAGGGUAUCGGCUGAGUUUGAAGAUAAAUUCUGAGAUUGUGACUUGCUCAUGGGAAAACCCCUUCAAAUCUAAAGUCAGCACAGUAUGGGUAUGUGACAUAAAGGACAAGUUAACCAGUUAUUAUCAGGACACAACAAUUGAUGUCACAAUACAGCAUGGUGAUCACCAUAACAACAGGAACUUUGUGCUGAUGCCUUUCUGUGAUGAAGUAUUUAGUCGGAAGAUUACUAAACCUGGAACUUUAUUUUGUAAUGAGUUGAGUGCAGCCACAAGUGACGUAUUAGUCAGAGAACUAGACUCCAUUCAACAACUCCAUGAGCUUGAACCAGACAACAAAUGGGUGUUAUUGACAACUGUCUCACUGAUGCGUGCAAUUGAUCCACUUAAGCAUGAACAAGAAACAAUGGAAUACAUUGACAAACUCAUUCAGGUAGACCCAUGCAGAACCAACUACUACUUAGAUUUACGAAGCAAGUAUAUAGUAGAGAACACAUUGGAACAACUAGGUCCAGAAUGCAGAACCAUAGAAUUGGACAAUAAACAGUUAACCUCAAUAGCACACCUCAGUCAUAUGGCAUUUAUAACAUACUUAAGUGCAAAGUCAAAUAAGAUAACAUCCUUGAAGAAUUUUUAUCUCCUACAGUGUGUUGCUGAGAUUGAUUUACGAGGCAAUCUGAUACAAGAUUGUGAGGGACUAGAAAGAAUGCCAAUUUUAGAAAAAUUGGAUCUGUCAAAUAACUCUAUAUCAACAAUUGAAGGCCUCGCAUCACUAUCCAGUUGCAGUGGCCUUGUAUGUCUUGAUGUGAUGAACAAUCCAGUGUGUGAACUAGAGAACUUCCAACAAGAUAUUAAAAAACACAUUCCGCAUCUUAAACUGCUAAAUGGUCAAUUUUUAUGA